CUGAAGUGGGGGAACGGUGGGACACUGGAGAGCUGGGAGAGGUGGGACCAAAAGGCCCGGGAGGGCUAGUGGCAGAGGCUGAGGGAUUACUCUUCACUGUUGCCAUGGGUCAGAGCUAGGAUCUUGGGUUGGAUGGCCUACUGGUCGCUCCACUGUGGCAGUGGCCACGGUCUUCGGUUCUUAGACCUGAGGGCAGGGGAGACAGGGAGCUAGGCCCCGGAGAGGGAGCGGACAGGAAGGAAAAGGGGUCACAGGAAGGGUUGAGGAGGAACUGAGCGGGAAGUUGGUCCAAAGGUCCAAAAGAUGAGAGAAAGAGUGGGACUGAAGAACUGAAGAGGAGCCUGAACUAAGGGUCCUGCUGCCUGCCUCCUGCCUCCACUAGCCCGGGGCCUGCCCCACCCUUGCCCCCAUGGGCGUCUCCCGGGCCCUCCGGCGCUUCAGCGCCACAGCCGGGGCUGGCGGACCGGGGCGGGGCCGGGGCGAGAAGGAGGCCGAGGAGGCCACGGUCUGCCGCAAUGGCCGCGCCGAGGGGGACGGGGAGGGAGAGGAAGCCGGCGGGGGACGGCGGGCCCGCCACCGGGGCCGCUUCGUCAAGAAGGACGGCCACUGCAACGUCCGCUUCGUCCACCUGAGCGAGCACGGGCCGCGUUACCUCAGCGACCUCUUCACCACCUGCGUGGACGUCCGCUGGCGCUGGAUGUUUCUCAUCUUCUCCUUCUCCUUCCUGGCCUCUUGGCUCCUCUUUGGCCUCAGCUUCUGGCUCAUCGCUUCCCUUCAUGGCGACCUGGAGCCCCUGCCUGUGGGCGGCACCUCCUCCACUGCUCCCUCCCCAUGCUUCUCCCAAGUUGGCAGUUUCCUAGCUGCCUUCCUCUUCUCCCUGGAGACACAGACGUCUAUCGGCUACGGCUUCCGGAGUGUCACAGAGGAGUGCCCGGCCGCCAUCUUGGCCGUGGUGCUGCAGUGUAUUGUGGGCUGUGUCCUGGACGCCUUCAUCGUGGGCGCGAUCAUGGCCAAGAUCGCCAAACCCAAGAAGCGCAACGAGACUCUUGUCUUCAGUGAGCAUGCCGUGGUGGCCCUCCGGGAUGGCCGCCUCUGCCUCAUGUGGCGCGUUGGCAACCUUCGUAAGAGCCAUCUGGUCGAGGCCCACGUCCGGGCCCAGCUGCUCCAGCCCCGGGUCACCCCGGAGGGUGAAUACAUCCCCCUGGACCACGUGGACGUGGAUGUGGGCUUUGACGGGGGCACCGACCGUAUCUUCCUGGUCUCCCCGAUCACCAUCGUCCACGAGAUCGACGCUGCCAGUCCUCUGUACGAGCUGGGCCGCGCCGAGUUGGCCCGGGCUGACUUUGAACUGGUGGUCAUCCUGGAGGGCAUGGUGGAGGCCACAGCCAUGACCACACAGUGCCGCUCAUCCUACCUCCCCGGCGAGUUGCUCUGGGGCCACCGUUUCGAGCCCGUGCUCUUCCAACGGGGUGCUCACUACGAGGUGGACUACCGCCACUUCCACCGCACCUACGAGGUCCCGGGGACCCCCGUCUGCAGCGCCCGGGAGCUGGAUGAGCAGGGGGGGACAUCCGCUGGCAAGGCCAGUCCCCCUCCCCCGCUUGCCGCCUUCUGCUAUGAGAACGAGGUGGCUCUGAGCUGUUGUGAUGAGGAGGACGAAGAGGAAGCCAGCAGCAGCUUGGCGGGAGGAUCCCUUGCCCCACCCCUGGCCCUCACCCCGCCCCCUGAGCUGGCCCCACCUGCUUCCUUGGUCCUGCCCCCACCUGAAGCAGCCCCCCCAUGACUGGGGGACAGGGUCUGGGCUUAGCAUAGGGCUCAGAGAGGGACUGGGGGGUGUCAAUUGCCCCCCCAAUGCCCCUUGGGGAGUUGCAGAAUUGCCGCUCUUCAUUAAAUAGAAGCUCUCCCCACCUCCCCCAAGCGACACUUCAAUUCCAGGCACUUCCGUUCCAAUUUUUCAUCUGUCCUCCCACUCCACUUCCGCUCCCACCAGAUGGUUGGUUCGUCUUUUCCUGCCCCAGCGGAAAAACUAGAGGGCUCUAGACCAUCCUGGGACAUUUCUAGACCGCUGUAGGGCCUGACCCGAGGAGCCGUCUUCGGGGAGUUAGGCUGAAGCUAGAGACUGGCCAGGAAAGAGCGAGGAGGGGAGAGUGGAUGUUCCCGGGCCAGGGAAGCGAGUCUAAAAUGUUCCAGUACAUCAGGGGCCAACCUAGAAUGGCCAAGGGUUCAAGGUCACGGCCCGGGGAAAGAUUUUGGAGGACAAAGUGGACUGGUAUUGGUAGAUGGGGCGGUGUGAGGGUUUGUGUGUGCUUGUGUCCAUCCUUCUGUCUGGGUGCGCGUGUGUGUAUGUAGGUGGCUAUCCAGGUUGGGGCCUGGGCUCCAGGGGUGAGCUUAGGAGUUUCCAGAAUCCAUCCCAUUGGAAUCAUAGCCAUAUCUCAAUGUAUAUUUCUCCAGAACG